UAUUGAGGCGGGUAUUUUUCCUCGAGGUCGCACUUUUGUUAGCGCGAGAAGGUACCAGUGUGCGCAGCUCUGGGAGCGAGUGCGGCCUUCAUGGUUAUUUUUCCUCCUUAGCGUAAUUUCAUAAAUUCAUUUACCCGGAGCAGUAACAAAAAAGUAUAGCGCCUCAUAUACGCUGGAUUUCUUCAAUAAACAAAUUGCAGCUGAGGAGACUUGCCGCAGCAGAACGACCCAUGGUGGCAGCGCAUCAUGCAGCUCAGGCUCAGGUGGACUAGCAGCGCGCUUCGCACGGGCCAGGAGUCUGCGCCAAGUGCACGCCGGGGAUCGUAGAGGGCGCCCGGGCCGCAGCCAUGGCCUCCUUCUCGGACUACAGCAGCCUGAACCGGGCGCAGCUCACCUUCGACUACCUGCACACCAACUCGACAACCCAUGAGUUCCUCUUUGGAGCUUUGGCUGAACUUGUGGACAAUGCGAGGGAUGCAAAUGCAACACGUAUUGACAUCUACACAGAGAAGAGGCUGGACCUCAGAGGGGGAUACACGCUGUGCUUCCUUGAUGAUGGGACUGGCAUGGAUCCAAAUGAGGCGAAGCAAGUGAUUCAGUUUGGAAAAUCCAGCAAGAGGUCACCGGAGUCCACACACAUUGGGCAGUAUGGCAAUGGGCUGAAAUCGGGCUCCAUGCGCAUUGGAAAAGACUUCAUUCUCUUCACUAAGAAGGAUAACAUGCUGACAUGCCUGUUUCUUUCACGGACUUUUCAUGAGGAAGAGGGCUUGGAUGAGGUUAUUGUGCCCCUUCCCACAUGGGACAACACAAACAUGCAGCCAGUCACCCAGGACCCAGAAAAAUUUGCCAUCGAAACAGAGCUCAUCUACAAAUAUUCGCCCUUCCAGACUGAAGCCCAGCUUAUGGAGCAGUUCAGGAAAAUUGAAGGAGAAAGUGGGACCUUGGUCAUUAUCUACAACUUGAAGCUGAUGGACACCAGAGAGCCUGAGUUGGAUGUGGAGACUGACCACCAGGACAUUGUUAUGGCUGGAGUCGCCCCGGAGGGAGUCAAACCAGAGCGACGUUCCUUCCGGGCCUACGCUGCUGUGCUCUACAUCGAUCCUAGGAUGAGGAUCUUCAUACAGGGCCACAAAGUGCGCACCAAGAGGCUCUCCUGCUGCCUAUAUAAACCACGUGUGUACAAGUACACGUCGACACGCUUCAAAACACGGGCGGAGCAGGAGGUGAAGAAGGCUGAUCAUCUGGCUAAGAUAGCUGAAGAGAAGGCACGGGAGGCAGAGAGCAAAAGCUUGGCUGUAGAGCUGAAGCUGGCAGGUGAUCUCUCCAGGGAAGCCCGUGCCAUGCUCCGGAAGGCCCAGGAGUCAGCCACGAUGCUGCGCCAGGAAGCUGAUAUGAAGAGGAAGAUCCUUGAGAGCAAACAGAAGGCCCUGAAGGAGCCCAAGGAGCUGAGUUUUAUCUUUGGGGUGAACAUUGAUCAGCGGGAGCUGGACGGCAUGUUCAUCUACAAUUGUAGUCGGCUCAUCAAGAUGUAUGAGAAAGUCGGGCCACAGUUAGAGGGAGGCAUGGCAUGCGGUGGUGUCGUGGGAGUGGUUGAUGUGCCAUACCUGGUCUUGGAGCCCACACACAACAAACAGGACUUUGCAGAUGCCAAAGAAUACCGACACCUCCUGAAGGCCAUGGGGGAGCACCUUGCCCAGUACUGGAAAGAUGUGGCCAUCGCUCAGAAGGGCAUCGUGAAGUUCUGGGAUGAGUUUGGCUAUCUUUCGGCCAACUGGAAUCAGCCACCGUCCAACGAGCUGCGGUACAAGAGGCGCCGUGCCAUGGAAAUCCCAGUAACGAUCCAGUGUGACAAGUGCCUCAAGUGGCGUACCCUUCCAUUUCAGUUGGAUGCAGUAGACAAGCGUUACCCUGACAGCUGGGUGUGUCUCAUGAAUCCGGACAGCACUCAAGACAGGUGUGACGCUCCUGAGCAGAAGCAGAACCUGCCAGUGGGAGUGCUGCGCAAGGACACUAAGUCGGUGGAAGACAAGCAGAGGGAGAUCUCUGAGAAGAUCAAACAGCAGCAGGAAAAGUUGGAAGCCCUGCAGAAAACCACAACCAUUAAAUCUCAAGCCGAUAUGAAAAAACUGCCUCUAGAAGUCAGCAUGAAGCCAGUCGAAGAGAGUAACUCUCAGGGCACCCUUGGUUCAGAAAAAGUGGGGCGUCCUCGUUCCCCACCGCUGCCGGCGAUGAUCAAGAACGCCCCCAGCCGGCCACCCCUUGCCAAGCCACCUCCGCUCAGCAGGAGGCCCAGCACGCCAGCCCGUGCACACAAGUCCUGCGGGCCUCCGCCGCCGCCCCCACCGGUGCGCCGGGAGGAGCCGCCUGCCAAAGGCCGCACUGUAGCUGUGGCAAAGGCUGAGCCGAAGUUGACACCCGCCCCCAGAAGUCAGUCCCGCCCCACAGGGGGCAGCAGCGCAUCGGCCAAUCGACGGGGUGCAGUGAAACAGACCCCAACCACGAGCAGCCAGAGGAAGAGAGCUGCACAGGAGGAGCUGAGUGAAGAAGAGGAGGAUGAGGAAGAUGAAGAGGUGCAGGAAAGCAGAGAGGAGGAAGCACAUCCCAGGAAAACCAAGACAGCAGCAGAGAAGCGUGGCAAAACGGCCUUGAAGAAGUCGGAGCCGAAGCGGGCAAAGGUGACUGAAGUGCGUGCACAGACUGCAGAGGGCAGCGUUGUCAUGGAGAAGCAGAGGGGUCCCCACAGCUCGAUGGCCCCUACAGUGCUCAGCUGUGACGCAGAAGGACAGCGGAGCCACCAGUGCGACUCGGCGAGGAGUCAGAGCGAGGCUGCAACUGCGCCUCAGCCCAAAAAGGCAGCACCUUGCAUGGCCAAGGGCCCCACCGUGGCACACGGUGGCCCUAAGGCAGCGGUUAAGAUCACGGACAGCACGGAGGAGGAGGACUUGGAGAAGGAGCUGAAAGAGGCUCAGAAAGACAAGGGUCUUCUGGUGGAGGUGAAGGUGAACAAAGAGUGGUUCACAGGGCGCGUGGCUGCGGUUGAGGCCAACAAGCAGAGCAUCCGCUGGAAGGUCAAGUUCGACUACGUGCCCACGACGUCGACUCCCCGCGACCGCUGGGUGGUGAAGGGAAGUGAGGAGGUGCGACUGAUGCGACCGCCAUCGCCAGUGCCCCAAAGCCCCGACACCCGGGAGGAGGUGGAGGCAGAACGGGCACCAGCCACGAUGGAGCCUGACACCACGCAGCCAGGCACAAGCCGGGAAGUCCUUGACAGCCUUGUGGUUAUGAUGAGGACGUUCCUGCGCUAUUUCUUCCCUCCGGACUUCCGAAUCCCCAAAGACGACGUAAACACCAUGACUGCAGAGGAGCUCAUUGCAUUUCCCAUGAAAGAGUACUUCCAGCAGUACGAGCUGGGUCUGCAGAGCCUGUGUAACUCUUACCAGAGCCGUGCAGAUGCUCGCACCAGAGCUGUGGAGGAGAAGAGCAACAGUGCCGAAGCCCGUCUGCGCGAGUCGGAGGAGAAGCUGCAAAAGCUGCGCACCAACAUUGUAGCUCUGUUGCAGAAAGUCCAAGAGGACAUUGACAUCAACACAGAUGAUGAACUGGAUGCCUACAUCGAGGACCUGCUCACCAAGGGCGACUAGCCCAGAAACAGGGAGUGCCCAAAACUAGCAUGGUUCACUCUGCGCUGUCCUCACCUGCCUUUCCCAUCACCCUCUGGUCUCAUAGAAUCUCAGACUGUGUCCUGCUGUUUGAGGCGUUGAGAACUAGAGCCUGAUGCUGUGGGAUGGCACAAUACGGUGUGUCCAAUAUCCCUGUAUAUUCCCCCGUACCCCGCAAAGAGACUUCUUUCAUUCGUCUCCAGGAAAGUCAUAGAAUGCAUAUGGAUCUUGGUUUGGACAUGGACAUGUUCUUAGUAACGCAAAUAAACGCCAGAGUCGCACACCGCAAUGAACCAUAAGAAGGACGUAUUUAGACACUACCCACAGCGCAACGAGACUGGAUGGCUGGAACUCUUUCUCAUAGCGUAUGUAAAGAACAUUGUACCCUAAAUACAAACACAUUCAAAGGUUCAGAACUCUGUAGUGAAGAGCCUUUUUCAUUUCAAGUUUUGUUUUAUUUGUUUUAUGAUAUUUUACUUACCAACAUAAUUUUUUUGGUUAUACAAAUGGUUAAAUACACCACAUAGGUUUAGAUGAAAGCUGCAUACUUUUAUACCUCUUGUACAAAAACAAAUGGUGAUACAGAGGAAUGCUGUUUGUUUAAAAAGAAAAGUGUGUUUGAACAAAACUGAAAUAAGUGCAAGCUGCACCUUCUGCAUAAAUAUGGAUGUGUCCCGCAGCACAGCGCAGCUGAUAUUGUUCCCCGCUCGCAGUGCACGCGUGUAGUCCUGUACGCGUUUCCCUUCUGCUUUUCACCUCUUGCAGUGGUUUAACGUUGAAAGUUGCACAGUUCUGGUAAGAGCUCCCAUUGGACUAACCUGACUGAUUACACUUGUCAACGAUGAUAUUUGACAGUAGAAUUUGUCACAAUUUUGUAUUUCUUAAUUUGUUGAUUUGGAAAUACUGUACCUCCAGUUACCCAUUUUGAACCAUGCCAGUUAUAACUAUUCCGUUAAUACAUUCCACUUAGUUUAAAGUCUGAUUUUCUCAAAGGUUUGCUGUAAUCGUAACUGGGAACUGGAGUGAAUUGCAGGCUCUAUAUCCAGGUGAGAGCCAAGUAUGGAUUUACAGGUGACACAAGUUGUAAACUUUGGGUAAGUGCAGUUCAGAAUAGAGGACUAACAGUCCCAUCUUACCAACCAAAUUUGAGGGUGUUGUUGAGCAAGAUUAGAUUCAAACCAAAGUGUAUACUGGGAUUUAUGAGUGUAUAUUGCUUUAGAAUCACUUCAGUGUCAGUUAUCCUGAAAGUGUAAACCACCUCCACUGUUACUGUUGUGUUGGGAUGUGAUCUGGAUUUUGAGCGGUGCUGACAUUGGAGUUCACCAUUGAGCAAAUUCUCUGGUAUCCUUUGUGUUCCGGAAAUGUCUUCUUUUAAAGAGUAUUUUUUAAUCUUAACUGUUUUAUUAAAAUGUGCAGUUUAUUUUUGUCCACUCUGAUUUUGUCGACUG